CUCGAGAAAAAAACUGUUUGGUUCUUUUGCGAAGCUUUUCCCAAACAAAUCCGUCUCUCUCUCUCUCUCUCUCUCUCUCUCUCUCUCUCAGAAGUCCGUAGUGUUAUAAUUGCGCUGUAUCGCUCACUCGCGUCAAGUUCUUUCCUCUCGUUGCUGCCUCCUAAGACCGUCUGUGACCCUGGCUCGGUGGCUCGCACAUGGACCCGCUCUCGGCCCUCCGCGACUACACAAUCCGGGGCGAAGUGGACCGGAUCGUGCGGGUGAACGACGAGUUCCGGUUCGGCUCGGAGUACUCGUUCCCAUGCUCGGCCGAGACGGCCUACCGGUCGAAGCAGGGCAGCCUCUACACCCUGGAGACCCUGGUCUACUUCGUGAGGAGCCACCAGUUGAAGCACAUCGAGUACAUCCAGAAGGCCCGCACGCAGGGAAUCCCCGCCGUCACCUUGCCUGACCGCAAGCCUCUGCUCGAGUAUCUCCAAGGCAAGGUCUCCUCCUCCGACGCCAUCGAGUUCCUCGUACCCCCCAACAAUGUUAACACCAACUCGAACGCCAAAUUCCCCGAUUUGCCCCUUUCUUCCUCCCUUAUCCCCUCCGAGUCCCUGGCCCCAAAUCUCAACGCGAUCAACGACGCCCGUGAGGGAAAACCUAUGGAUGUGGAUCUGCCGUCGGUGAUGACGAUGAUCAGAACGAUGGAGCGGCCUCUGAAGGACCGGGAGUCUCUGCUGGAGUGCAAGCAGAGGGACUUCUACAGCGUGUUGGUGGCUUCGACGAAGCGCGAGGAGGAGCGGCAGAGGAUGGAUUCGCAGCAGAGGAAGGACGGGCUGGUGGCGAAGAGCAGGCUUAUGGGUUCGGAGGAGACGCGGUACGGGGACGAGUCGGGCUACGACGCGACACCGAAGCCGAAGAUGCACCUGAAGGGGACCAAGAUCGGGGAGGGGGUGCCAAUAAUCCUGGUGCCGAGCGCGUUCCAGACGCUGAUAACGAUCUACAAUGUGAAGGAGUUCUUGGAGGACGGAGUGUUCAUACCCACGGACGUGAAGGUGAAGCAGAUGAAGGGUGCCAAGCCGGACUGUGUGACGGUGCAGAAGAAGUUCAGCAGGGAUAGGGUGGUGACGGCCUACGAGGUCAGGGACAAGCCCUCAGCGCUCAAGCCAGAGGACUGGGAUCGGGUCGUGUCGGUUUUCGUGUUGGGGAAGGAGUGGCAGUUCAAGGACUGGCCCUUCAAGGACCAUGUCGAGAUUUUCAAUAAGAUUAUAGGAUUUUUUAUGCGUUUCGAAGAUGACAGUGUGGAGUCCGCGAAGAAUGUGAAGCAGUGGAACGUAAAGAUCAUCUCAAUCAGCAAGAAUAAGCGACACCAAGACAGGACUGCAGCCCUGGAGGUGUGGGACAGACUAGAAGAAUUUGUGCGGUCACGGUCACAUUCUUGAUGCACACUGGCUUUCUAGAUAAGCUGUAUGAAUGUUUCUGAUGGUUGUGAUCUUUUUGACUCGCAUACUCAAUGUAACUUUAGAUUUAGUUAUGAUGUUUGAAUAUAUUAAGAAUAUUUUUUUUUGUUAAUAUAUUCUCAAGAGAUACUCUUGCGUUGCUUCA